AUUCUCUUCUUCUUCUCUUGUUUGAGUUUCUGCAUCUCUCUCUACUCUUUCCAUCCCCCAAAAUGAUCAAUUUUCAAAAUCAAAUCUAGGGUUUCCUGUAAAUCUGAUUGAAUUUCUCACACCAUCAAUAAAUUUUCUAACCCUUUUUGAUUUUUUUUCAAAAAAAAAAAAAAAAACAGUUAUUAAAAAAGAUUCAAUCUCUUUUCAUAUGAGAGAUUUCUAGAGAAGAAGAAGAUCCAAUCAAUGUAUAAAGACAGUAGAGGUGGUGGUGGAUCCUCAAGAUCAGAAAUAGGUAUUGAUAGAAAGAAAAUUAAUGAUGCUUUAGAUAAACAUCUUGAGAAAUCAUCUCCUGCAUCAACUUCCAAAAACAACAGAACAACAAUUCCUUCUUCUUCUUCUGGUAAACAACAACAACAAAUUGAUGAUAGAACAGCAGCAGCUUCUUUCCUUAAGAAGAAUAACAGCAGCAACAACAACAACACCAACAACAACAAGUGUUCUGAUGCUGAGGAAUCGGAAUCAGACAGUGAAGAGUCAGAUGUUAGUGGUUCUGAAGGGGAUGACACAUCUUGGAUAUCAUGGUUUUGUAAUUUGAGGGGGAAUGAAUUUUUCUGCGAAGUGGAUGAUGAGUAUAUUCAAGAUGAUUUUAAUCUUUGCGGAUUGAGCAGCCAAGUUCCUUAUUACGAAUAUGCACUUGACUUGAUACUGGAUGUUGAAUCCUCUCAUGGUGAUAUGUUCACUGAAGAACAAAAUGAGUUGGUUGAAUCUGCAGCAGAGAUGCUGUAUGGUCUCAUCCAUGUCAGAUACAUAUUAACCACUAAAGGGAUGACUGCUAUGAUGGACAAGUAUAAGAACUAUGACUUUGGGAGAUGCCCUAGAGUUUAUUGCUGUGGACAACCCUGCCUUCCAGUUGGACAGUCAGACAUUCCUCGGUCAAGUACAGUGAAAAUCUACUGUCCCAAGUGCGAAGAUAUAUACUAUCCCAGAUCCAAAUAUCAAGGCAACAUCGACGGAGCUUAUUUUGGGACCACAUUUCCUCAUUUAUUCUUGAUGACGUACGGACACCUGAAGCCGCAAAAGGCAUCUCAAAGCUAUGUUCCAAGAGUAUUUGGCUUCAAGCUUCACAAGCAAUGAGCAGGAGCAGUAAAGCUAUGCUAUGGUUGACUUCCAGUAUCCCACCAUUGUAAUUCUACUGUUGCUCACUGUGGUCGUGGUUCUUACUUGCUCAGGUAGAGUUCAGAAAUACCUCAAAAAUUUGCAAUUGGCUUCGCCUAUUUUAGAUGUUAUUGGAAAAUAUUUGAAGAAGUGAUUGAACCUACCUGUUGAACUGAUUACAUCGAAAGCAAAACCCAAAAAAGAAAAAGAAAAAAAAAAGAGAACCACUUGUUGAACUGUAAGUUCCUUUACUAUAGCCUUUCAUUGAGAGAGCAUAUGUAAUUUUCCUUUUGCUUUUUGUUCAAAAGUGUUCGAAGUGCCCUCUUGUAUUGUUUGGUUAUUUACUACGCUUAGAUUAUUUCCCCCUUUUACUCUUUAUGAUUUUAAAGCUGAGAUUUACGCCGCUUGCUUCUGCAAUAGAUGAAGCAUUCUUAAAUAUA